GUGAAUAAUACCGCUUGUCGAGAGAACAAUGCAAAUUCGUGCGCCAGAGCCAUUCGCUAUAUGCUCGAACCAAGCUCUAACUGAACCAUCAACUCCAAAUGACCCUCAGGAUGAGCGGCCUCAGGGCCCUCCAGCUCAACAUCAACCACCAGAACGAUAUCUUGCCAAAUAUUUAUCUCAAUAUCACAGGUUACAACUCGUUUCAAGAUAAAUUCAUCGACUCGGCAGCCAACGGGUUGACCGCUGCCAUUGCGGCUACCCGGGACGGAAACAACGCCAUCAUAGGUGAUGCGUAUCUGGCGGCCGAUGCAACUCUGCUGGAGUCUAUCUGGGCGUCUACUCAGAAUGUCCCGAUCUGCAGCCCCACUACAAUCGACGACGAGCUCUCCGAUCGCUCGCUAUACUACACCUCCUUCCGAACAGUUCCAUCUGCGGAUAUCCACGGACGAGCCUUUGCGUUGUGGAUACAUGCAAUGGGGUGGCACAGAGUGGCCGUCAUGGUUGCGAACCGAAAUGUCGACAAAUUUGGAUACACCCUCCUCCCCAGCUUCCUUGACCAAGCCAGCACCCUUGGAAUCGAGGUGCUUGGAACCGUUCAGGAGAUUGGCGAUGGACGCUUCCCGCUCGGAUCAGACUUUCUGACGCCGCUGAAAGCGGUAGCAGCGACCAACGCACGAAUAAUAGUGGGGAUGUCAUCCAUCUUUCCGAUCUCGCUGGCAUAUCUAUGGGCCAAAAAGUACAACAUGCUCACAAGCCAAGAGUAUGUCUGGAUUACGUACGAGGGUAUAAUGAACGACAACGUUGCCGGGGUCAUGGAGGUCUACGGCUAUCAGCACAUAUUCGAGAACGUGCUGAUUCCCGAGGCUGGUGGCCCCAUCAACAGCACAUACACACGAAGCUAGUAUGUGGUAUCGAUGAGCCAUGUUAUGUCGCCGCGAGCAUUGUGCGAACGUGACGGAAUUGAGCUGCAGACAGAGCCAAAGGUCUCAUGCACCGUUCUGACUUGACCCGCCGCUCGCUUUCAUCUUGCUCAACCCGGUGACAGUGGCGAGGGGAUGUAAGGAUUCUCUGGCG